ACCGAUGUCAAGCCAUGGCACACUCACAAAAUCGAGGAUGUAUUUGGUGAGGAAAUUGAGCGCCACAAGGAUGUGAGUGCCAAAAACGAGGGUGGUGGUGCCAGCCAUGAGGAGGUGGUGUAA